CCAGCAAGGAGAUCAUGGCCAAAGCUCUCUGGCAGCGAUGGUGAGGACGAGCCACCGCCAACGAAGAAAAAGAAGCAAUCGGCAGCAGUGGAUGCUGCGUACACACCUCAUCCUAAGAAGAAAAGAAGGUAGCAAAGCAGCAGUGUUUCUGAAUGGUGACGAUAAUGUAGUGGAUUUUGUGGCUUCGUUUUAAUUCUGGCUAUGGCGGCAUUGUUGCUCCUCCCCUCGUUGUUCACGGGCGUAGAUUGUCUCAAGUCUGUGAGCCAGCGCCGGAAUGUCAGGCCCAUUGCCAUUGGCAGGAGGGAACCGAGGAAGCGGGAAACUGUGGCAUUUUCUUCAGGGAAUGGGAGCGCUGGAAAGCGAGCCGUGGACGACAUGGAACGAUACUUGGAAGAUUUGUCGCUGGAAUACGAGAGCGUUUGGGAUACAAAGCCUGCCUGGUGCCAGCCUUGGAGCAUUGUAGCCACAGGAAUACUGACGAUUGGAGCGUCUUGGCCAGUUUUCCACUCCAUUCCGGUUACUUCUUUUGUCACCUUGGUAAUCGCAGCAUGGUGGUUUGUGUUCCUCUACUCGUAUCCACAGGCAUACACACAGAUGAUCGCGGAGAGGCGAAAGAAAGUCGAGGAUGGCGACGAGGAUACAUUCGGCAAUCCACAGUGACUUUACAAUGGCUUCAUACUGUUUCCUUGGCGGUCUCACCGUCUUUAGUGCUACUCUCGGCUGUAAGUGGUGCAUCUCCUGCACAGGAGUCCUUGACGUCUUUCAUUAUAAGCAUUAGCAGAGGGACGCUGAGCACCAAGAGUCCCCAGUUGACGAGCAGCUGGACUAAAAACCUGACCUUGUGUGCGUCCAGUUGCCAUGCCACCGCUGCUCCAGCACUUUGCA